GGUCAUUCCGGAUCGGCAGGAGCCUGAGGCAAACAUGGACAGAGGGAAACAGCAGACAGGUUUGUUCUCUCCUGGGACUCUCAGUGGGAACUCUGGUGGACCAGAUCUCCGGGCCACUAAAACAGUCCUGCAUGGCAGAGCUCCAAUCUGUCCUCAAAUCUCUUAUCCAUUACCAAUGCAACUGCUGUAUUCACAAUCCAAACUGCUGCCAGAAUCUGCUGGACCUGGGAAAAGUUGUGAGCAAACCCCAAGCAGUAUGUCUCUGAAGUGUGACGUCUCGAUGGGGAGGUACCAUGACUACAGUGGAGGGGCAGAGUCUUCAGGUCAGAGGAUCCAUCAGGAGCGGGAAGGAUCUGGGUUCCACAGCGAGUGUUGGAAGAGUGACACAUCCAUGGCAUGUGGAAUUGACUUCAAAGCUGGACUUGAGUUUUCACAGGAGAGAGUGGACCUUCAAAGCUCAGAGCUUCUCAGUGCUUCUCACUCACAUCUGGACUCCAGACUGCAGUUGCUACAGAAGGAGUUCUUCAGUUAUGUCCAGAAGGAGCUGAACAGAGUCUGGACAGGUCUGAAUCCAGAUCACCCAGAACCUCAAGAGACGGAGGAAGAGAAGCAGUGGAGGUGCAUCAGAGAAGAAUUCCAGAAGAUCACAGUUCACCUCCUGAGGAACAUUAAAGAAGAGGACUUGGCUGAGCGACUGUGGACUAGAUGUCGUGUUCCAAAGUGUGGACGUCGACUGAAGAAGAGACUGCAGAAGAAGUUCCACAGUGUGUCUGAAGGGGUCGCUAAAGCAGGAAACUCUGUCCCUCUGAAUCAGAUCUACACAGAGCUCUACAUCACUGAGGGGGGCACAGACCUGGUCAACCAGGAGCACGAGGUGCGACUGAUUGAAACUGCAGCCAGGAAAGUGUUCAGACCAGAAACCACCAUCAAACAAGAAGACCUCUUCAGAAGCUCACCUGACAGAGACCGACCAAUCAGAUGCCUGCUGACGAAGGGUGUGGCUGGCAUUGGGAAGACCCUCCUGACACAGAAGCUGACUCUGGACUGGGCUGAAGACAAAGCCCACCAGAACUUCGGCUUCAUGUUUCCUUUCACCUUCAGAGAGUUGAACCUGCUGAGAGGGAAGACGUUGAGUUUGGUGGAACUUGUUCACCUCUUCUUUCCUGAAACCAAAGAAUCAGGACUCAGCAGCUUUGAAGGAGUCCAGGUUCUGUUCAUCUUCGGUGCUCUGGAUGAGUGUAGACUCCCUCUGGACUUCAUCAACAAUCGAGUCCUGACAGAUGCUACAGAGUCCUCCUCAGUAGAUGUCCUGCUGACAAACCUCAUCAGAGGGAAUCUGCUUCCCUCAGCUCACCUCUGGGUGACCACACGACCUGCAGCAGCCAAUCAGAUCCCUCCUGAGUGUGUGGACAUGGUGACAGAGGUCAGAGGGUUCACUGACCUCCAGAAGGAAGAGUACUUCAGGAAGAGGUUCAGAGAUGAGGAGCAGACCACCAUCCUCUCUCACAUCAGGAGCUCACGAAGCCUCUACAUCAUGUGUCACAUCCCCAUCUUCUGCUGGAUCACUGCCACAGUUCUGGAGGACAUGUUGAAGAGCAGAGAGACCAGAGAGCUGCCCAAGACCCUGACUGAGAUGUACAUCCACUUCCUGGUGGUGCAGACCAAAGUGAAGCAGGUGAAGUUUGAUGGAGGAUCUGAGACAGACCAUCACUGGACUCCUGAGAGCAGGAAGAUGAUCAAGUCUCUGGGAAAACUGGCUUUUGAGCAGCUGCAGAAAGGAAACUUGAUCUUCUAUGAAUCAGACCUGACUGAGUGUGGCAUUGAUAUCACUGCUGCCUCAGUUUACUCAGGAGUCUUCACACAGAUCUUUAGAGAGGAGACAGGACUGUACCAGGACAAGGUCUUCGGCUUCAUCCACUUGAGUCUUCAGGAGUUUCUGGCCGCUCUUCACGUUCACCUGACCUUCACCAACUCUGGAGUCAACCUACUGGACUGUAAAGAACCCUCAAAGUCUGAGGCCAAACCUGAUAUUAAAAGGUUCUACCAGACUGCUGUUAAACAGACCCUGAAGAGUCCAAAUGGACACCUAGACUUGUUCCUACGCUUCCUUCUGGGUCUUUCACUGAAGACAAACCAGACUCUCCUCAGAGGUUUGUUGACCCAGACAGGGAGUAAGUCAUGGACCAGUAAGAAUACAACUGAGCUCAUCAAGAAGAAGAUAGACGAAGAUGAGACUCCUGAGAGAACCAUCAACCUGUUCCACUGCCUGAAUGAGUUGCAGGACAGUUCUCUGGUAAAAGAGGUCCAAUGGAGGCUAAGAUCUGGGGUUCUCUCCAGAUAUAACAUGUCUAGUGCUCAGUGGUCUGCAGUGGCCUUCAUCUUACUGUCCUCAGAAGAACAUCUGGAUGUGUUUGACCUGAUCAAAUACUCUGCUUCAGAGGAGGUUUUCCUGAGACUGCUGCCUGUGGUCAGAGCUUCCAACAGAGUUCUGCUGAGACUCUGUGGACUGACGGAGAGAAGUUGUCAAACUCUGUCCUCAGUCCUCAGCUCUCCGUCCUCUAGCGUGACACAUCUGGACCUGAGUGACAACGACCUGCAGGAUUCAGGAGUGAAGCUUCUGUGUGCUGGACUGGAGAGUCCACACUGUCACCUGGAGACUCUCAGUCUGUCAGGGUGUAUGAUCUCAGUGGAAGGCUGUGCUUCUCUGGCCUCAGCUCUGAGCUCCAACCCCUCCCAUCUGAGAGAGCUGGACCUGAGCUACAAUCAUCCAGGAGGACCAGGACUGGAGCAGCUGUCUGCUGGACUGGAGAGUCCAGACUGGAGGCUGGAGAGUCUCAGGUUGGACAACGGUGGAGAGCAGAGGUUAAGACCUGGUCUGCUCAAGUAUCUCUGUCCUCUCACACUGGACCCAAACACAGCACACCAGCGCCUCCUACUGUCCGACCAUGGCAGGACGGUGGAAUUUGUGACAGAAGAUCAGAACUAUCCGGAACAUCCAGACAGGUUUAACAACUACGAGCAACUGAUGUGUGAAAACAUUCUGACAGGUCGAUGUUACUGGGAGGUGGAGUGGAGAGGUGAUGUUCGUAUCGCAGUGACCUACAGAACAGAGAGAAGAGAAUGUGUGUUCGGAUACGGCGAUGAGUCCUGGAGUUUGAGGUGCUCUGAUGAAGGUUACCGUGUCUAUCACGAUAAAAAAGAAACAAAGAUCCAGUCCAGCUCUGUCCCUAAUCAAGUCGGAGUGCUUGUGGACUGCCCUGCUGGAUCUGUGUCCUUCUACAGAAUCUCCUCUGACGCUCAGACUCUCCUCUACACCUUCUCUGACUCCUUCACACAUCCACUGUUCCCAGGAUUUACAGUCAGCUGGCCUGGUUCUUCUGUGACUCUGCAAGACCCUUUUAAUAAGAAGUCCAACCCACGGCAGACUGUAACCCCCAACAGUCUCGGCCCUUUCCGGAGUGCUCAUCUGCACAGGCCAGCACAGUCUAUGAGCGAUGUAAAAAUAAAGAGUUGAAGACCUUCUUCAAUGAAGUCCUGUUACUGGAUGUUGGGGGAGAAUGAGUUGCUAUGACUUGUGUGUUGAUGAUGUUUGUAUUUCAAACGUGCUGCUUAACUUUUUGAUGGAAAAUA